GGGCAAGGUGAAGUGGACGAUUUUGGGCGGGGGAAGGAGGAGGAUCCCCGUGGAUAAAAGUCGGUCCCAAUUUCUCCGAGCGGCUCAUCAGAGUGAACCCCUCAGCGACGUGACCUGGGAAGGAGCGAGGUGUUCGUGAAGCGCCCAGUAAAGAGAACCCACUGCAUCCACGUCCCGCGACAUCAUGGGCGAUGCCAUUGAGCUGACGGCGGCUAUGGCCGAUAUGGGGGCGGCAAUGGAGGUGUUUGCCAGCCUAGAGAAGUUUGCCUCGAUGGCCGGAGUACUCGGGCCCAUCGCCGGCGUGGCGGGACUGCUGCUCGGACUGGCCAUGGGUGGAGGAGACAGUGAGGAGUUGGCUUACAUGAAGGAACAGUUCACGGCAGUCAAGAACAAGCUGGACGUGAUCUCGGAUGAACUGGGAAACGUUCUGCGACAGGUGGAGAAAAGCACUUUGAGUAGCGUGUACUUCCCGACGGAGAUGAAUCUGAAAAACCAGUUCAGAAAGUACAUGGAGAUCAUCAGUGCCAGAUCCGAUUGCAAGGAGAAGGAGAAAGACGAAUUCAUCACUCACUUCAACAGCACCCAUGGCGACCAAAACCUUCACACCCUCUACGAGGCCAUCAUGGGCCAUAACAUGCUGUUCGCGGUCCCUAUCCUGGAGACGGCCAUGUCCUACAGCCAGAAGAACCGGCGGGUGAUGGAGCAGAUGUGCGCCCGGCUGAAGACGCUCUUCUGCAUCGGCCUGAUCGCCCUCCUGGGUCAGACCACCAUCACGGGUAACGACGUAGACAGCAUCAAGAAGGAGUGGGAUGAGAAAAUAAGCAAGGUGGAGGAGAAGAUGAAGACCAUGGUGGAUCGCUGCGUCGCCGAGUUUCUGGAGCAGGCGAAGAUCGACGUGGAGGCGAUGAUCAAAGCCAAUAAAGACCCCUCGCACGCGGCACAAGUCUGCGCAUAUCACACUGAGCUGGCAAAUAAAUACGACUGGCUGAAGUGGUCGGUGGUUGUGUACGACGAGGUGGGCGGCUACGAAAAUCACAACACAAAAGGUGAAAACUUUUUCUACUUCUACCGAACCAACGGCAUCAACUGUGUCGUCUCCUACAGCAAGGCCGAAACCAAACUUGAUCGUAACCAGUUAGUGAAGCUAAUGCUUCGCGAUCACUAUUAUAGCAAAAAUGCCACGAACGUGGUGUCAUUCCUCAACAGUCAAAUGCCCGGGCACUUUAUCCAGGCUAUCCGCCGGUACAAAGGGGUCCAAUGCAAGAAUGACUUCCCAUGGAAAAGCUACUACUGGCAUGCUUACGACGGGAUCACUCUCUGUGUCCACACACUGUGACACAUUAACGGACGGUCCACACCCACUGACCCAUUACAUAGUUCCCCACCGCCCGCCCCGCCAGAGCUCCGCGUUGACUCUCAGUGACGGCCUGUCGCUCUCAAAUUGAGCGCUGAGUUUCCCCGCGAUGCGCCGCGCUUCUAUUUCCCGACGAAAAACCCCUGUUUACCCGCUGAAUGUUGCUUAAAGCCGAAGAUAGCGCUUUGUGUCAGGGUGUGGAGCCGUGCUGAAUAAACCUUCGCUGUGCAGACACUUGUCGUCUUUGUCCUU